CGGUGGUGUAGUAGAGUAGAUAGAUUGUGGUUGUUGAUGUUGCUUGUGUAUAGCUGAGGAUUUUUGUGCAUUAUGAUUCCGUUCGUAUAGUGGACAAUGGCGAGAUUAGUGAUUUAUGUUUAUCUGGUGAUAUUGUCAGUGUCCAGUGUUACCAAUGAGGAUAGAAUAGGAAAGUCUUGGUUAGGAGGACCACUGUCGCAAAAAAUCGACACAAAUGCGGAACGACAUCCUGCCGCCGAUUUCAGCCGCCAUACGUUGGUGAAGCCCAAGAUAUACCAUGGGAGAGAAAAGAGACAGAUAUCUUCGACCAAGGAGGAGAAUGGGGUACAUACGAAUCAUCUUCAAGUAGCUCUGGAAAUUGACGGAAAAGAUAUGGUGCUGGACUUGACGUUAAAUAAACAGUUGAUCCCUAAGGGAUUCUUCCAUAAACAUCAGGAAAAUGGAAAAUAUAAAGUACACAAACCCACAGCUCAGGAAGUGGACCUCUGCCAAUACAACGGAAAAGUGCGAGGCAGGCCAGACUCGUGGGUAGCUUUAUCAACUUGCGACGGACUCUCCGGCGUCAUCUUCGACGGCGAGGAGAUGCAUUACGUCGAGAAGGACGACAAGGCAAUCGGCGAAGGAAUCGGGGCCACUCAUUUUUUAUACAAGCACUCCGACCUGGCGGAGCACAAUAAGACCUGCGGGUACGCCGGUGACACCGUGGACCACGAGGAGGAUCAUCUUCAUCAUCACAAUCGCAUUCUAAGGUACAAAAGAGACACAGAUCAAAAUGAACCUUUGGUACGUGGACCGUACAAUGCCAAUAAAGAAUCAAAAUAUGUAGAGUUAGUUUUAGUGUUAGACAAUCAGGAAUACAAGGAGUUGGGAGAAAGUAGAACCAGAGUGUUGAAUCAUGCCAAAACGAUAGCAAAUAUUGUGAAUGGACUGUAUUCCCCUUUAAAUAUUUUUAUAGCCUUAGUGGGUGUAGUGAUUUGGAGCGAACGUGAUGAAAUCGUUUUUUCCACGAAUGGGGACACUACCCUCACGAAUUUUUUACAUUAUAGACGAGGUCAGUUGAUCAAGGAACAUCCUAACGAUAACGCUCAAUUACUAACCAAAUUCAAUUUUGACAAUGGAGUAGUUGGAAAGGCACUUAGAGGGCCUAUUUGUACGUACCAAUUUUCCGGUGGUGUCAACACCGACCACUCUACAGUCGUCGGACUUGUGGCCACCACCAUCGCUCAUGAAAUGGGACACAAUUUCGGCAUGGAACACGAUAAGAACGAGUGCAAAUGCCCCGACGAUCGUUGUAUCAUGGCCCCCAGUAGCUCAACCGUUGCUCCGACCCAUUGGUCAUCAUGUAGUUUAAAUUAUCUCUUAUUAGCUUUCACUCACGGCAUGGACUAUUGCUUGAAAAACAAGCCUAAAUCCUUGUUCGACAGUCCGGUAUGCGGAAAUGGCUUUGUCGAACCAGGAGAGCAGUGCGACUGUGGACUGCCUGAACAUUGUGAUAAUACUUGUUGUAACGCCACAACUUGUAUGCUGUACAGCAACGCCAGCUGCGCCACUGGAGAGUGCUGUGAUUUAACCACUUGCCGGCCUAAAAAUGCCGGUACCUUGUGCCGCUCCGCCGACCUAGAAUGCGACCUGCCAGAAUAUUGUACCGGCCAAUCGGAAUAUUGCCCCGCCGACAUCUACAAGAUAGACACGGAAGUGUGUGACGGAGGCAAAGCUUACUGUUACCACGGCUUCUGCAGGACGAGGACGGAUCAGUGUAAGCUCCUCUGGGGAGAGACGGGCAAGUCUAGCGAUGAACAGUGCUACAAGAUGAACGUCAAGGGGGACAGGCAUGGAAACUGCGGCUAUAACAUGCUUACUAACUCUUACGCUAUGUGCACUAACGAGAGCAUACUGUGUGGUAUGUUGCAUUGUAAACACUUGAACGAAAGACUGGAGUUUGGCAUGGAGUCCGUGGCCAUAUUAUCGCAUACGUUUAUCAACAAGAAGGGCUCGAUCAUCCCUUGUAGGACGGCGCUGGUCGACUUGGGGGUAAAUCAAGUCGAUCCUGGCCUUGCCCCUGACGGAUCUCACUGUGGUGAGGGCAAGAUGUGCGUUAAUCAGAAGUGCAUGUCGGUGUCGAGUUUGAGAAAGAUGGGCCCGGCGUGCCCUCAGGACUGCAACGGCAACGGAUGGUGCAAUAACAAAGGGCACUGUCAUUGUAAAGAUGGCUUUGCGCCGCCCUACUGUGAUAAUCCUGGACCUGGCGGCUCGAUGGACAGCGGCCCCGCUUCUGAUCCCAAUGCCCACCAAGGCUUGAUCGCCGCCAUGUUCAUCUUCUUUCUGGGCAUAGUCCCGUUGGUGGCAAUUGUGGUGUUCCUCUACUACUACGCACGCCAGAACUUCAAAUUCGGCAAGAAGAAGUCCUCCCAGGCAACGUCAAAAUCGCCGAGCAAAUCAAGGGGACCGUCCUUUCCGUCCGAGACCACGAAAAGAACCGAGGACAAUCAUUCCUUGCUGCACGAGGACUCCCCACCUCCCACCGGACUACAGAACGAGUUUUUCGGUAAUUUCAAAGGCUUCAGUUUAAGUCCGGCCAAGAAACCCGAGCCGGAACCCAUCAGAGCAGCUCCGCCUCCCCCAGUCGUCCCACCGCCCGCGCCUCAGGUUAAAACCAGCCCGUCCUUUAAAGCGCCACCUAGUGUCGCCACCGCUACAGUAAAAACACCGAGUAUAAACCGUUUCCACAGCCUGGCAGCUAAAACCAACUUGUUUAACAAACCCGUGCAAAAGACGAACUCGUUUAAGUCUAAUACUUUGUCGAAUGGUAUAGCCACGGUUAAUGGAGCUUCGGUGGCCCCGGCGCUACCUCCGCCCAACCCAGGAAGCAGCGCUAGGCCAAUAAUAUCUUCUCCGGUGCUAGAAAAUUCCACUUGUACCGCGAAAGAACUGAUUUCACCUUUGAGAAACGCUCCAAAAGUACCCCUUAGACCUGCGCCUGAGACUCCAGUGCCUGCGGUCGAGAAAGAAUCAAAGCGGCCUUUAUCGUCACCUGAUGCGUCACAAACUGUACUCAAUAUUAAAAUUUCCGAGGAUCUCAAGAAACCCCCGAAAGAAAAGGAAAGCUCUAGCGCUUUGAACAGAAUCACUUCGUUUCUAAAACCCACCGAUAAGAAACCCGUGGUGCAGUCUAAUUCUCUACCGAAAACAAGCCAAGUUAAAGCUAACAAGGUCCUUGACAAAGACGCUUUACGUUCGAUGGAGAUAUCCAACCCCAUCCCGCAAACCAAAAUCGAAAUAGCCAUCACCGCUUUACCGGUGAACACGGAAGCUAGUAAAACCGUUGUGAUGAGGGCUCAAAGUAUGCGCGUCGCGAAAGAUAAGCCAAAGCCCCAUAUCCAAACCUUCGGGUCGAUGCGUCAACCCAGCGGAUUCAAACGACCGUUGAGCAUCCCCUCCGGGGUCAGGCCAAAAAGUCCUCCCCCACCGAGACCGCCGGGUGAAAAUGUAGAGAAGGCGAUCAAGACUGUUAAAGGUGCCGAAAGCAACGACCUAAACCAAUACGACGACUGUUUGAACGAAGCUGCCCCGCUUGCGAAGAUAAGCGAAGGCGUCAGUCCGACCAGCGGUGAUAAUAUUUACGCGGUUAUCGAAGAAUCUCCCGUCUCGCCCCAGUCACCGGAAAAAGUGACCAGCGGGUCGGGAUCCAGCGAUAGCAUGGGUUUAUUAGGGGAGAUAGUGUCGGAAAUACAGAAUCGUAACUUCGAUUCUAUUUAUUCUACCUCGACCCUAGCUCGGAAGAAGAAAGAGGAAGAGGAAAAGUUAAGAAAACAGAGAGCAGGUGUCGCUUCACCUGACCCUUCCGAAAUAUACGUAAACACUUCUUCCUUAGCUUACGCGGAAAGCGAAUAUAGUAAUAUGAGCGGUAAUAUAAAGUCAAGUGCCAGUUCUACUUCUAGCGGUUAUAUUCACCCUUCCGCUGUAAACGUGCCCAUCAAAGCUGCGGAUCCAAAGCCCGAAGAGAAACCUCCAUCCAAACCUAAUCUAAGCAGCUUCAAGUCAGAAAGCACCAAACCGUUUUCUUCCACGUUUAACAGACCGCAAGGUCCGGUUGCGUCUAGUUUUAAAACCAACGCAACGGACGUAAAGAAAGUGGAAGCGUCUUCCGAGAAACGAAGUAAUAAAUCAAAAACUCCGCCUUCUCCGACAACCAAAACACCGCCUUCCCCUACGAUAAAAGCCGCGCCUAAAGCGCCGAUAAACAGACAAGUGACGCCUCCAAAUCUGCGUACCAGAAAGCCUUCGCCGACCAGAGCCGCACCCCAGGGUCCAAAGACGAAUAACAGGAGGUCUAUCACUAAUAGCCCCGACUUAGUAACUAGUUGUAACGCCAAUCCAGCCGCGAAGCCUCCCGAUGUACUUAAUAGGGGGACAACGGCACGUAAACCGGCGAUAUCGAAUUCUAAGCCCACAGCGGACAGCUUAAACAAAGUGCCAGGGAAAAUCAACCAGAAAGCGGUGAGUUUCAAGUCGCCUCAGGAGAAGAAAGGCGACGUUAAACCGCCCGUAGCUAGUAAAAUAAACAAGGCCAACUCCGACGUCGGCGCCAUUAUAAAAACCUCAGUCGGCCUUAGGAAUGCAGCUAGGCAAUCUUCGAACGUCGCUUCCUUGCAGCAGAAGUUUGAGAAUAAGAGUAACGUAAGUAGUGCGGAGAAAGUGAAAGCGUAAAUCAAAAUCUGUGUGUAUAUAUGUUAGACAAUUGUUUCGGUAUUAUUUAUGAAUCUGAACUCUCGCUAGUCUGUGUUCUAAUUUAUAAGUUGUUUUGAACUUAUUUUAUGAACGAUCGGCGACUGUUGAAAUUAAGACUAAGAAUUUAGUUAUAUUUUUUGUACAUAUA